CUUUAUUUUCAACAUGGCGGCGGCAUCUAUGGUUACAAGUUUCUGUUUCUUACAGCGGUACAAUCUGUCAUGCUCGAGGAAUAUAUGCCGUCGAUUAGUAACUGUAUUCAAUAGUAACCAAACGCGAUCGAAGCGCUAUGCAGACAGCAGUUAUUUCCACGUGAAAAAAGCAUCGCAUUUUACACAGGACGAUCUGCUCUCGCGCAUCCCGGUUGAUAAACUGAAGAUAACAUACAGUCGGAGCAGCGGACCAGGCGGUCAACAUGUCAACAAGGUCAGUACGAAAGCAGAGGUGCGUUUCCAUGUGCAGACGGCUGAAUGGAUUACAGAAGAAGUUAGGAGAGAGAUUCUUCUGAAGAAUAAAACUCGUGUCAACAAAGCAGGAGAGUUAAUUGUGACCUCAGAGAUGACCAGAAGCCAGCAGAGGAACCUUGAAGACUGUCUCCAGAAGAUCUCCGAGAUGAUCACUGAAGCCAGUCGACAGAAGCCAGAACCGUCAGUGGAGGAUCUCGUUCUCAGAGCACACAGAUUAGAUAAAAGAAAUUUGGAAAGACUCAAACAGAAGAAGAUACAUGCUGCAACAAAACAAGGACGACGAGUCGACUAUGACUGAACCCAAAAUAUUAUAACAUUUGUUCUGUAUUAAAAUUUUUAUUAAAAUAUCACACUGUAAA